AUGAGACUCGCACACCUCCACCUCCCCCAUACGACGCCCUUUGCGCGAGUCUCCGCAAUCCAACAAGCGCUCGCCACACGCUUUCUCGAACACAAGCGACUAGCCUCGCCAGCAUCUCAAGCGUCUCUCAAUGCACACUCCUCCUCUUCCACCGCGGAAAAGACUCUCCCGCCACCCCCGGACCCCACCAUCAUUACCUUUACCCCAAACCCAGUCUACACCACCGGCCGCCGCGACCUGCCCCCCUCCAACACCAGCCCUCAAGACCGAGAUCCAUUCAACCUGUCCCUGCCUCCGCCUCUCGAGCCAAUUCGUGCGCUUCUGACCCCGUCAGGGGCGAACCCUCCCCGAGCAGAAUACCACCCUACUCUCCGCGGUGGUCAAACGACGUACCAUGGCCCAGGCCAAAUGGUCGCAUACACGGUGUUGGACCUGAAGCGACUUAAUCUCACUCCCCGCUGCCACAUCCGGGUAUUGGAGAAUAGCGUCAUUGACGUGUUGAAAUCGUACGGGGUCAAGGGGUUCACGACGGAGGACCCCGGGGUGUGGGUGGCGGACGAUGCGAAUGCGGCUCAGUCGGGAUUGCCCAAGAAGAUCACUGCGGUGGGGGUCCAUCUACGAAGGAAUAUCAGCAGCUUUGGAAUCGGGUUGAAUGUCACGGAGGAGCCGAUGUGGUUUUUGCGACAGAUUGUCGCGUGUGGGUUGGAGGGGAGGGAGGCGACGAGUUUGGAGGGGGUGGGUGUUACUGGAGUGGGCGUUGAUGAGGUGGCGAGUAACUUUGUGAGUACGUUUGUGCGGAGGGUGAAUCAGGAUUUUGCAGGAAAGAAUGGACUCGGGGAGAGGAUUGAAGAGGUUUAUCCCGUUCAAGAGGAGGAUCUGAUCAAAUGA